CCAUGAACCAGCCGGGCGGCGCGGCGGCUCCGCAGGCUGACGGAGCCAGUGCGGCUGGAAGGAAAAGCACGGCGAGCAGGGAGCGCUUGAAGCGCAGCCAGAAGAGCACCAAGGUGGAGGGGCCAGAGCCCGUGCCGGCCGAGGCCUCCCUGAGUGCCGAGCAGGGAACGAUGACGGAGGUGAAGGUGAAGACAGAGGUGCCCGACGACUACAUCCAGGAGGUGAUCUGGCAGGGCGAGGCCAAGGAGGAGAAUAAGGCAGUCAGCAAGGAUGGGACCGGCGAUGUGCCCGCUGAGAUCUGUGUGGUGAUCGGCGGCGUCCGCAACCAGCAGACCCUCGGGUCCUAUGAGUGUGGAAUCUGUGGCAAGAAGUACAAGUAUUACAACUGCUUCCAGACCCACGUACGUGCACACCGAGACACUGAAGCCACCUCAGGGGAGGGAGCCUCCCAAGGCAACAAUUUCAGGUACACGUGUGACAUCUGUGGGAAGAAGUACAAGUACUACAGCUGUUUCCAAGAGCACCGGGACUUGCACGCAGUGGAUGCCCCCUGCUUCCUACCCAGGAGAAGGUCAUGCAGCAGCCAGACCGUGAGGGAAAUGACCAGCCCCUGUGGAUCCUGGGGGAGAAAAGUGUUUAGUGUGGAAGGGGCCCCCGAGAAUCGGGCAGACCCCUUCGACCAAGGCGUCGUGGCCACUGAGGAGGUGAAGGAGGAACCCCCGGAACCAUUCCAGAAAAUCGGGCCAAUGAACAAUAUUACAUCAGAAAUUUUUAAGAAGAAAGAAGUUAGGCAGACCCAAAAGAGAGAAACCGGCAACUACACCUGUGAAUUCUGCGGGAAGCAGUACAAGUACUAUACACCCUACCAGGAGCACGUGGCCUUACAUGCCCCCAUCAGUACCGCCCCCGGGUGGGAGCCACCGGACGAUCCAGACACGGGCUCUGAGUGUUCACAUCCAGAGGUCUCCCCAUCUCCACGCUUCGUGGCCGCGAAGACCCAGACGAACCAGUCGGGGAAAAAAGCUUCGGCCUCCGUGGUCCGAUGCUCCACCCUCUUACACCGCACUCCUCCAGCCACCCAAACCCAGACGUUCCGCACUCCAAAUUCAGGAUCUCCGGCAAACAAGGCAACUGCAGAAAGCGCUUUCAGUCGGAGAGUAGAAAGCAAAGCACAAAACCACUUUGAAGAGACGAAUAGCAGUUCCCAAAACUCCAGCGAAACUGCAAGUCCCCUGAUUUCCAAUACUUUCCCUCUCCUACAGAAACCCUACACGUGCGGCGCCUGCGGGAUCCAGUUCCAGUUCUACAACAACCUGCUGGAGCACAUGCAGUCCCACGCAGCGGACAACGAGAACAACAUCGCCUCCAGCCAGUCCCGGUCGCCGCCCGCUGUUGUGGAGGAGAAGUGGAAGCCGCAGGCCCAGAGGAACAGUGCCAACAACACCACGACCAGUGGUUUGACAUCCAACAGCGUGAUCCCCGAGAAGGAGCGGCAGAACAUCGCAGAGCGGCUGCUGCGGGUCAUGUGCGCUGACCUGGGCGCCCUGAGCGUGGUGAGCGGGAAGGAGUUCCUGAAACUGGCCCAGACGCUGGUGGACAGUGGAGCCCGCUAUGGAGCCUUCUCGGUCACUGAGAUCCUGGGCAACUUCAACACACUGGCCCUGAAGCACCUGCCGCGCAUGUAUAACCAGGUGAAGGUGAAGGUGACCUGUGCCUUGGGCAGCAAUGCCUGCCUGGGCAUCGGCGUCACUUGUCACUCGCAGAGCGUCGGCCCCGACUCCUGCUACAUCCUCACUGCCUACCAGGCCGAGGGCAACCACAUCAAGAGCUAUGUGCUGGGUGUGAAAGGAGCGGACAUCCGUGACAGCGGCGACCUGGUGCACCACUGGGUGCAGAACGUGUUGUCAGAGUUCGUGAUGUCGGAGAUCAGGACAGUGUACGUGACGGACUGCCGGGUGAGCGCGUCCGCCUUCUCCAAGGCCGGCAUGUGCCUCCGCUGCUCAGCCUGUGCCUUGAACUCAGUGGUGCAGAGCGUGCUGAGCAAGCGGACGCUGCAGGCCCGCAGCAUGCACGAGGUCAUCGAGCUGCUCAACGUGUGCGAGGACCUGGCGGGCUCCACCGGCCUGGCCAAGGAGACUUUCGGGUCGCUGGAGGAGACCUCGCCGCCGCCCUGCUGGAACUCGGUCACGGACUCGCUGCUGCUGGUGCACGAGCGCUACGAGCAGAUCUGUGAGUUCUACAGCCGGGCCAAGAAGAUGAACCUCAUCCAGAGCCUCAACAAGCACCUGCUCAGCAACCUGGCAGCCAUCCUGACGCCAGUGAAGCAGGCGGUCAUCGAGCUGAGCAACGAGAGCCAGCCCACCCUGCAGCUGGUGCUGCCCACCUAUGUCAGGCUGGAGAAGCUGUUCACGGCCAAGGCCAACGACGCGGGCACCGUCAGCAAGCUGUGCCACCUCUUCCUGGAAGCCCUCAAGGAGAACUUCAAGGUGCACCCGGCGCAUAAAGUAGCCAUGAUCCUGGAUCCUCAGCAGAAGCUGCGGCCCGUCCCGCCCUAUCAGCAUGAGGAAAUCAUCGGCAAGGUGUGUGAGCUCAUCAACGAGGUUAAGGAGUCCUGGACCGAGGAGGCUGACUUCGAGCCCGCUGCCAAGAAGCCCCGCUCCGCCACCGGCGAGAACCCCGCAGCUCAGGAAGACGAUCGGCUGGGGAAGAACGAAGUGUAUGAUUAUCUGCAGGAGCCCCUCUUCCAGGCCACCCCUGAUCUCUUCCAGUACUGGUCAUGCGUCACCCAAAAGCACACGAAACUCGCCAAGCUCGCCUUCUGGCUCCUCGCGGUUCCGGCCGUGGGGGCCAGGAGUGGGUGUGUAAAUAUGUGUGAGCAGGCCCUUCUCAUCAAAAGGAGGCGGCUGCUCAGUCCAGAAGAUAUGAACAAACUCAUGUUCCUGAAAUCCAACAUGCUUUAAGACUUCUGCUUCCGGACAAAAGACAAGAAAAACAGAACGGUAGAAAAAAUACACAACACUGUCGCAAACAAAGCAAAGGAAUUUAAGUUCUAAACACUGUGGACCUCAUUAUAAAUGCCCCCUGGAAACUUAA